UUUGUUCUUGGGUUUUGUUUUUUUUUCUUCUUUUUUUUUGUUGUCAACAGAAGGAUCCGCUCUGCUUCAGUAAACUCCAGACUUUGUACAAAGGAGGAUCUGUCCGCCCUGCUGCAGGUGAAGCGGAAGCUGUUCAUGCGAGACCUGUUUCCCAGUUUGCUCCUCCGACCAUCUGGAAACAGCCGAAUCAAAGGGAGGCAAUAAAGCCUGAAUGUUGGAGCCAAAGAAAUGGACCGGAGCUGAUGCCUCAGUGUCCCAGUCUGCCCUGACACGGCCCUGCAGGUCACGGAGCAGAGAUGGCAGCUUGUCCGGAUGUGCUGGCCGUGCCCGGAGUUGUGGUUGGGAGUGUUUUACUGCUGGUGCUCAGCACUAAUCCGGUGUGGGGGAAUUACACCACGCCUUUAAAUGAACAGAGGUCUAAUAACACUUCGGGAGCCAACAUUGCAGCUAUUGUGGCCCCAACGGUCACUCUUGGUGUUCUGGCCAUAGUCUCGGGGGUUCUCGCCUGGCUGUUCUGCGUGGUGAAGAAGAAAAGGCAGACGGAAGGGACGUACAGACCCAGCGCCGAGGAGCAGUCUGGUACUCGCUCAGCGACCGCACCAGAUGCACUAAAGUUACCAAAGGAGGAAAGACUUAUUUGACAUUUAUGCUGCAUAUUUGAGCCUGGCUUCCAUGAGGUGCGAGACAAAGCACUCCCUGGACAGGUCUGAUAACUUAAAGCAAACAUCUUCAAGCUCAAGAGGGGGCAAGGAAUAGGAGCCGA